ACGUCCCAAAAGUUGUCACUAUCAUCAACAGCUACUUGGCAGCAGAGCAACUGAAGUCUGUGGAAAAACUCGUUUCCUUUCCUUGCCAGAGGCCAGGCGCCCAAAUGGGGUCUCUGAACACAAUGAAUUUCAUUACAAGGCUUUCUGCUUUAUGUCUGAGGAAAAGCAAGAUGCAACAGAGGCACCAAAGUAGUAGACGACCAGCUGUUCCACUUGGAUCGCGGAUUUUAACUGAUCCUUCUAAGGUUUUUGAGCAUAACAUGUGGGACCACAUGCAGUGGUCACAAGAAGAAGAGGAGAAUGCCAAGGAAAAAGCAGCAGAGAACUCACUUGUGAAAGUCCAAUGGGAAGACCAAGAUAAAUAUGAGAGAGAAGCCAGUAAAUAUUGGAAUGAAUUUUACAAGACUCAUAAAAAUAACUUUUUCAAGGAUCGCAAUUGGCUGUUUCUGGAGUUCCCAGAAAUUCUUCCAGAAAAAAGGAGAGAAGAGUUGAAAACAGAAGAAAGAUCUUCAGAACACAUAAAAAUAAAUAGUGCCAACAGUUUUUCACAUAAAAAUGAAAUGUUUGAGGAAGGAGAAAAAUAUUGGAAGAAAAAUUAUGGAGGUGGUUCCACUUCUGUACGACGAUAUGUAUUUAAUAAAAACCAAGCAAAAUCUCUUACUGACAAUCCUCAGGCUAAAAACUGUGGAGAAGAAUUUGGCAGGCUAGAAUCCUUCCCUGGUAGUGACGCCACUUACAGAAUAUUAGAGGUUGGUUGUGGUGCUGGAAACAGUGUCUUUCCUAUUUUGAAAGUUCUAUGCAAUACACCUGGAACCUUUCUGUACUGUUGUGAUUUUGCUUCAGGAGCAGUGGAGCUGGUAAAGUCACAUUCGUCCUACAAUUCAGCCUGGUGUUCUGCCUUUGUUCAUGAUGUGUGUGAUGAUGCUUUACCCUAUCCUUUUCCAGAUGAGAUCCUGGAUGUCAUUCUCCUUGUCUUUGUGCUCUCUACUAUUCAUCCUGACAGGAUGCAAGGGGUUGUAAAUAGGUUGGCUAAACUACUGAAACCUGGAGGAAUGUUGUUAUUUCGAGACUAUGGAAGAUAUGAUACAGCUCAACUUCGUUUUAAAAAAGGGCACUGCUUGUCAGAAAAUUUUUACGUACGAGGAGACGGAACCAGAGUAUAUUUCUUUACCAAAGAUGAGGUAUGGAACAUGUUCAACUUGGCUGGAUUAACUGAAGUACAGAAUUUAGUUGAUCGGCGAUUACAAGUAAACAGGAAGAAAAAAGUGAAAAUGCAGCGAGUUUGGAUACAAAGCAAGUUCCAAAAACCGUUGCUGCUAUCUCUGAAUAAUCCUGAAGAAACCACCGAAAGGCACCCUUAUAGAUGAUUGUGCCAUGAACUCCAGAAACUGAAGCAAAUUUGACAAAACCAAGGCAGGUGCUUGUGCCAUAUCUGCAAAUCCACUGAAUCUGAAGAGGACAACCAAAAUGCAGGGCAGACGGGGAGACAGCAGGAACUCUAGUGACACUAGGGAAAAAUUUCUUGUAUUGGAAACUGCUGUUUCUGUUUUGUCUUUUGCUUGUCUUUUGCUUGUGACUCGGCUAAUCUGCAGGUUCUGCUGUUUAAUAAUGACUAAAAAUUGUAACAACCAUCCUGAAAUUUGUAUUAAACACCAGUCGAAACCACUUCACAUAAAUUUUGCUACUUCAUUUUG